AUGGCUGAUCAACUUCUGAACAAUUUAAUAACAGCUGUUAAUAACCUGAGAGACAAUGCGGAUGGAAACAACACAAAUCCAAGUGCUUCUCAAAGACAACAACAAGCAGCAACAAAUUCAGAGACUACAAGUCAAGCUUUACAUCGACUUUAUCCAAGUAUCAACCAACUGGCAGUUCCGAAUCCAGGACACAUGUCGAGUUACUCAAGUGGGACAUCGACUCAACAAGGCCAACAAGCUGGUCGUUCAUCUCUGAAUGAUUUGACAAGAUUUAACCCAAGGGCUAACUAUCGUCCUAACAAGAGAAUAAAUCUGAUUCGCCAUAAUAAAAGGCAGAAAUGCGAAAAUAGUCGGUCAUCAAAGUCUACAUUUAAGGAUGUUAUUUUGCUUCCGAGUCCGUCGAACAAUAUCGUACCUCUUGGCAAAGUAAGAGAGAAAUUAUACACAGAAGGCUUCGCCAAAUCAGCUGAGGAAAUUUUGGAUGACAUGAGCAAACAAACUAUCAGAGAAAAGUUUUCCACGAUAUUCCAAAGUCGACUGGAUGGUCUACCAGAACCAAAGUUUGACUUUGUCCGCGCAAUUGGAAACAAAAUAAUACCAGUCAGUUCAGCUGGUCCGUUUAAUGGAAAAUUGCUUGAGUAUUUAGCUAGACAAGGAGCAAUUUACAUACGAGCACAGGCUGAUGUUGAAGGAAAUUGGAGGAGAUGGUUCAAGGAAUUAACUGAAGAAAACCAGAUUAAGGUCUCGACUUCUGAUGAGUCAGAAGACGGUGAGUUGCCAUGUGCAUUUGACACUGACAAUGAAUGUGACACUGCCAACGAUAAUGCCACAAUAGUCUGCGAGUCACAACCCCUUGUUGUUGAUGACAGCCCUGCCAGUACCAGUAGCAUUUCAGAGUCACCCCUACCAGCCACUCCUCUCAUAUGUUGCCCAACAUGCAGCAACUUUUUCCACCUGACACUAUAGCCCAACAUGCAGAUUUAUGUGCUGAUGAAGUGAGUGGCACACCAGCAACAAGGCAUCGAUAUGUAGACCUACUGGGAGAUGAUGACAUGAAUCAAAUAUUUGAAAACUUUGGCAAUGCAGAUGAAAUAGUUGAGGAUGAUGGUAAUCCACCAUCCAUGGAUGCAGAUGCAAGCAAUGUCAAAGCGAAACUAUCAGCAGUGCUUACAGAUUUGAAAGAAAAUAUGAGUAACACUGAAAACCGUUUACAUAUACGAUGCAAAAAGCUUUGGGAUGACCUCCUUGAUGCACGAAAGUCUUCUAAGUGGUUCAAACCAGAUGGUGUAUUGAGAAUUGUGUUCAUUGGUGAGCCAGCAGUGGAUGGGGGAGCCCUAAAAGAGAAUUUCUUACUGGUAAGUUGAGAGAUGUGGUUAUUGCAUUUGAGAUGUGGUAAUUUGAGAAUGGGAGACAUUGUUUUAUCAACAUAGCAAUACCACUAAUUAAGAAGCUAUUACCAUAGUUAUCAGUAUUAUUCCACUCCAGGCCAGGGUGACAUAGGAGUGUCAUUUCUUCUCUUGAAAAUUAACCAGUCUGUGCUCAUGGAAGAUGAAGUUUUGUCAGUUCUUGGUAGUAUUGGUUACAGAGGAAUUCCAUCUAGAGACAAGUUAUCAUCUAAACAUAAGUUGAUAAAGUAUGUAAUUUAUGUGAUACAAACAAACGUGGUAGGAAUCCCAGCUUGAAACACAGUUUGAAUUAAUGUAAUGGCAUAGUCAACCAAACAAAUUAAAAGGAAUAUUUUAAGUUCAGAAUAAAUGAAAAACAUUACAAAUACUGAGCAAUUAACUAUUUACACAUGACAAAACCAUCUGAGGAGGGAAAGAAUCAAAGGACAUAUUGUAAUUAAGAUGUGAUAUAUUGUAAGCUGCAUGUAGUGUAUAGACGUGUGAUUGUUUGCGCAAGAAAUUUACUAGACAAAUGAAUGUAUCUGAAAUGUUUGGAAAACCCUGGCUGUAUUAAAUUUAAAACAACCUCAUUUGCCAGAUAUCUAUAAUUGUUAUCUGAUCAUAAUAAUUGUCUCCUCUGCAGGCAACUCAGUGGCAAUUAAACAGCAAAAUUAUGCCAAAUUUAUAACGGGGUUCAAUGAUAAUUCGCACAAGUAAGAACUAGAAUUACUUUCCCUAUUACAGUCCAUAGUACAAUUGCAUGUCUGCCAAGUAUUGUGAAAUCCUGCUGUUUCCUGCAUAGGAGGGUAUCAUAAUAACACCAUAUGAAAGAAAUUUGUCAUGAUACUUUUGUAACAAGUUAACAACAGAUUGUAAUACCUGACAAAAAUAACAAUGCAUGCAAAUUUGGUAUUUUUCUUUAUACAGGUCGAUUUAUAUCAAAUCAUGUAUUGAACCCAAAAUCCCAAUGAUUAAAGAGCUUGAUAAAGAGCUAAGUUAAAUACAGCCAAUCCCAGUUACUUAAAGAAAAAGAUGUGUUCAAAUAUUUUUCAGACAUGGUGCAAAACAUAGCACACUUGGGUGAGUGCUAGUGUUCCAGGAUAUUUGUCCCCCAGACCAUAUUUCCUAAAACUGUUGCUGUCCCUGUCCCCCACCCUCCCCUCCCCUCCCCAGGUGUUUGGUCUUGAAAACUUCUUGAUGUAACAAUAUUAGUGUUGUGGCUUUUGCUCUUAGUAAUAUAUAAAACAGUACUAUUAACUAUUUUUUCUCAGGUAAAUUUAUUUACAUACACAUGUAAACUUGAUGCGUCAUAGAACUCGACACAUUUGUUAUAUUGCUAUUAAUCCAUUAAGCUGCAGAGAUUCCCAUUGACAAAUAAAAUCGUCCACGACAUGAGACAUGUAAAAAAAAUAAUUAGAGCGCACAGUGGGGCGCAUUGUGGCUCAAUGGAUUAACUAGAGACAUAUUGUCAGAUGUUUCUGGUUAACCCAUCAAGCUGCAGAGCUUCCCAUUGAUGAGUAAAAUCGUCCGGCGUUAGACAAGUAAAAAAGUAAGGGUGCGCUGGGGCUCAAUGGAUUAAUCAACAAGAUUGACAUAGUUUCAGACAAUAACUAGCAUAUUUAUUCUACCUUGCAGAAAUCCCUGAGGCCUUGUAACUGGUACGAAUCAAAUACCUCCAUUAGGCUUUCCAAAAAAUAUAUCAGUGGGGUUUCAGCAUGGAUGUCUCCCUUCUUGCAAAUGCAGACCAAAAGCUUCGACAUGUUCACUUACCUUGACUUUACCAAUCCAUGCUGAUAGGUCUGCUGCAAUGCAAGAGUUGUUCAUAUGGAUUUGGAAAUGUAUAGACAUGUCGAACAUAUUUUCUAAUACAGUUAAGUUAGUUAAUUAUUUUAAUGUUGCUGCCUAAUUAUAUUCAAAAGCAGCUGGUUUAAGUUGUCAUUAUUUCAGUUUAUAUCAUAGUUGAUACUAUAAUGCAUUACAUACUGUUCCAAGAGAAAUUAGACUAUGCAACAAUAAAGUACCUGUGCAAGACAUUAGUGUGCUGAGUUAAGGCAUGCAGUGAUGAAAUAAUUAGAAAAACACAAAGAAAUGUAGCAACUGCCCAGAUAUUUGAACAAAGUUGUUAUGGGCCUAAUCAAUCAUAGUGUUACAACUCUUGUCAAAGCCUUUGGCAGUUACUCUACUCCUUUUCUUCUGAUUUGUGUCUGCAUAAACAAAUGCUUAAUGCCACAAUUAUUAUACAGACUGUAUGCAUAAAUGCCUCACCCAAUACAUUUCCAUAUUGAAGUUAGCCUGAAUCGAUCCCCAAAGCUCAUACAUAGUCUUGCUUUGUGUUUGAAAUGUGAUGGAAUCAAAUAAUCAACUAUCUUCAUCCUGCAUUGAUGAAUUUAGAACUUAUGCCAACAAUCAUAAUUGUCCAACUAUCCGAAAGUACGUCUAAUAAGUAUUUUUAAAAUAUGAACACAGAAGACAAUGUAAUGAACAUUGAGAAUACACUUAUUAACAUCUAGUAAGUUUGUUAAUAUUGCACACGUUCUUACUUGUGUUCAACGCCAAGGCAGAUGCACUGUUUUGCAGCUUUAAUUUGAUUAUAAUAAAGGUUUGACAAGCAAUAUUAGUAUUAAGUGACUGCAGGAUAAAAAUGGUUGAUUACUUUUCUCUUUUCCAAAUUUGAAGACAAGACUGUGAAUUGGGCUUUUGAGAUUCCACACCAACUUAUGCCCUGUGUUUCAACAAGAGAUUUGCUGUAAAUGAAUUAUGGGGGAAUUUUACCCCUACAUUUCCCUAUAUACUGUAAGCCCUGGGUAUUGUAACAGAUGCCAUUGACAGCAUAUUAAUGUCUUUUGAUUACAUGUAAUUAUCUGUGUUAAUGUUUAAUAUUAUUGCCUUAAUAAAAUGUUCCUUACAUUCCUGUUAAUUUCUUCAUAUAAACAUAUUCCAUGGUUUCCAUCAUCUGCUAAAGGAUUAACCACAUUAACUAAAACAUUGUAGUCAUUAUCUGAAAGCUCAACAGUUGACCUUGGUACCUGGACAUCAUUCCGUGUUUGGAGUUCAGGCAAUGGCCCAUCAUCAUCAAUGCCAUAAAGGAAGAAGUUGGCAUUGUCUGGAUCUAUCAGUUCCUGUACCGUUGUGUAAUCAGAGUUUGUAACCUGAUAAAAUCCUUCGGUCCACUUUUGCAACGGGGUACGAUUUCCUUCACUCGACAAUGGGUGGUUGUUCCAUUGGCUCACAAAAUGAUCCAAUGCCAUAUUAAUGCGAGGUAGGUAGGUAAAGUGCAAUGCAUACAUAUUAAUCUCAUCAUUUGGAUCAAGUAAAUGUAUGGAUUCGAGGUAAAAGAAGAGAUUUCUGUAGUAUGAUAAUACAAAUGAAAACACGUCACACCAUAAGCGUUCUAUUCUUUGAUUAUGCACAGACUGGCCUGUAAUCACCGGGUUUGCAGAUGGACCAUAUCUGUGUAGCAUUUCUCUUGCAACAGCAAUAUUCUCUGUUCCAUGAUCUGUUCGGAUUCUUCGUGGGUAAUGAAAUACACGAGUAGCUGCUUGGAACAAGUUUAAUACCGUACAUGACUUGUUGUUGGUAGAUGCUUUCAGGAAAACGACAGCCCUGGAAAACCCAUCGAUCCGUCCAUGAAUAACAAUUCUGGCGCCAUGUUAUUAAUUUAUGAUUUCCAUCUAAAUGCCUGUCAAACAAACACAUUAACAAACAAAUAAAUAAGUAAAUCAAUAAAUGGUAUCUUAGGACAUAAUUUCAGCAUAGUGGACUUUAAAGUAACUUCAAUAUAUUUCGAACAAGUUGUAUAUCAGUCGAACAAGUUGUAUAUCAGUCGAACAAGUUGUAUAUCAGUCAAACAAGUUAUAUAUUUCGAACAAGUUGUAUAUUUCGAACAAGUUAAUUGUAUAUUUCGAACAAGUUAUAUUUUUCGAACAAGUUGUAUAUUUCGAACAAGUUGUAUAUUUCGAACAAGUUAUAUAUUUCGAACAAGUUGUAUAUUUCGAACAACUUGUAUAUUUCAAACAAGUUGUAUAUUUCAAGACAAGUUGUAUAUUUCGAACAAGUUGUAUAUUUCGAACAAGUUGUAUAUUUCGAACAAGUUGUAUAUCAGUCGAACAAGUUGUAUAUAAACUGGAACAAGUUGUAUAUUUCAAAACAAAAGUUGUAUAUAUAUCAUACAAGUAUUUAAUAUCAAACAAAAUAAGUUUUAUAAACAUGUAACAAACAUUAUUUAACAAGAACUAGUAUCAAUAAUUCCACUAUAAGUAAUAUUGUCCGGUUUGGCACACCAUACCAAUCCACCACUUCUCAUCGUAUCUGCAUGCGACAUACUCAUUAAGAGGUAUGGCUUCUGUGGUCACCCCAUCCAUAUCUGGGAUGUUCUUUUUUCGCUUGAGGUAUUUGGUCCGACAUUUAGAAAAACAAGAAUGUGAUGUUACGUUAUCAAUAGCCCCAACCAGCAAGUCGAUAAAUUUGUCAACGCUCAAAGUUUGUGCAACCAUCUUGGAGCGUCUUGGAGUUUGCAACCAUCUUGCAGUUUGCCAUUGUUGAAAUGCGAUCUUCAUGUUCUUCCAGCGGUGUUUCAAGGUAUUCCCAUAAAGAAUCUGCCCUGGACAUUUGUCGCACCUGUGAAUCAUACAAGUUUUACUGUCAUAAUCUGUGACUGUCACAAUCUGUGACUGUCACAAUCUGUGACCUGUCUUUGAGGCAUUAACUAAAAGUUUGGCGUUUUGGUGAAUUGUGCAUACGCAAACAGAAUACCUGCCAAUUGAGCCAACUGUAAUUUUGGAUGCAAUACAAAACUUAAAAAACCCAAUCUUUACUUCUGGGUUUUGUUCUUUAAAGAGUACAUACAGCCCUUUCAGGUUGCAUAAAAGCAAUUGCUUUUGCUUGUGCACAUUCCGUUUAAUGCUCACAAAGUCCUUUUUACCUGGCAUUAAACACGAGUGUGUGUCAUCUUCAAAGAAUAGCUGGAUUUUCUCUGUUGUGCUUGCUGGAAGAGGUUUACCUCGGUUUUCGCCAGGCGUACCAAGUACACCACGAGUGUUUUUUCAAUUCACAAGAUUGUCUAAUUAGAUAUCCAGACACACCAAAAUACAAGGCUGCUUUUAGUAUUGACCAAGACUCGAAAGGCGUGAAAGUAAGGAUUUUCAUUUUCUCUUCAGGUGUGGUAGUUCCUAAUAACAGUUUGUCUCGCAUUUGAUCCGUCAGCUUGUCUAGGUCACUCGCCUUUAUCUUCAUUUCUUCAGAUACAGACCCUCUCGAGCACUCCUCGUUUUCUGCUACCAAACUACUUCUACACCAACAGCUGCUGCAAAUGACCAUUUGAGACAGCCUACAGUUCUAUCUAGAUUUCAUUAAAAUAAUAUACUCUCAUCAGUGAUGCAUUCCUUCUUUCCUCCACUCCACAGAAGAACCUUCCGCUUUUCAUCUGUGAAAUCUGCAAGACUCUUGAAACCAGUUAUCUGCACAUAUGAUAUUUUAUGGCAAUCUCCUGGAUUUACACCAAAACAAGAAGGUUCAAUUUCUCCCUGCAAAAAAUGCAACUAAUACUGUGUUCAUGCAAUAACUUUUAUAAUUUCUUUACUUGUCACUCAAUGUGAAUUUUAACUAUAACACAGUUGUAUUAGAGGCCACAUAUUAAUCUUUUGAUUUAUGACAUAUGAUUGAUACUAAUGCUAUAAAUUUACAUUUUCAAAAUAUGUCACUGAAUUACAACCUGUAUUUUGUUUUGUAUAUUCUUGUGUUUUAGAAAUCACCAAAGUUUUGACUAAGAUUGGAAAAGUGAGUGGAAAUGAGAUUGUGAAUGAGUGGAUUAAACCAUGUGCAAACCACUUAUUUUGGAGUGCCAUGACAACACAAGAUGGAAAUGGUAAGGUUACUUGGGCUAAGUUUUCAUCAUUCUUCAGCCAUGUUGUUAACAAGCACAAACACCUUGAUGGAGAUGAGAUUCAACCACGCAAGUGGCUAGAUGAUCGAAGGUGAGUAGCUACAAUGUCCUGUAUAUCUGUGAUACAGUAUGGUAACUGUACUAUACAGGCCCUCUGGGAUCUAUAUAGAUGAAUAAUAGCAUAUGUUCCUAACAUGCAGGUGCAAUUAUAGUUUCAAUUGUAAAAUAAAAUUGUUUUUGUAAUCUCCAUGGUAGACUCCAUUGCAUAUGAGAAAAUGCUGGCUGCCCUUGCAAAUACCAAGUUGAUCAAUGGUAUAAAGAAGGCAUCUCCUUUUGGUCAGACAAGUGCUCUAGAGGGAUUCCAUACAGUGCUCAACCAAUUUUCACCAAAAAUUAUUGGGUACAGCUAUCGAGGAAUGUUUUGCAGGAAUAGACACAUUAAACAUUAUGGCAGUGACUUUGCAUGUUUUAUGUAUUUAACAAGGCAAUUUGCUUUGAAAUAUUUAGGCAUGUACUUGCUGUUAUUCAUUUUAACAAAAAUUUAAAUCGGAGCAACAGAAUGAAGAAUGGGGUUGAGCAACUUCAUGUUGUGUACCCAAAAUUGAAGAACAGAGAGGCUGUUGUUAGAAAUGUAAAGGUGCAGCAAAAUUUUGGUAUGUACACCACAUAUAUAUUCUCUUCACAUCCCAACACUUUUUACUGAGUAGAAAGAUCUAUAUUUGUACAAGUCAGACGUGCACAUAGCUUAUUGACUAUCUAUCUGGCACUCCUUUAAUAAUUACAUUGUUAUAUUAUUGCCUUUCUUGAAGAUUAUGUAGAGGAAAUAUAUGAGACAAUGAUUGAUGCAAUCUUGAACAAAAAAUUAAAGAAGGCAAUUAAAGAACUAAAAGAUUUAACACCACCCCCAAUGAACAAAAUGCUUGACCAGCAGGCACAUGCAGAGGCCAUCAAGAAGAAGAAAAGAAGGGAAAGCAUGCCUAUUGUUGAUGUGCCACCAACAAAUCCUGGUAGGUUGGUUUACUUGCUCUAGUAGCCUUGUAUCCAAUGCUAAGUUAAUUAAAUGUAUAUUUACAUGCUGCGAUUUAUCAUAUCUGUAUGAUUUGUAUUACUACAUUAAAUUACUGUUUCGGUAGUUUUUAUUGAAAUUAUUUAGCAUUAUCAGCAAUAUGAUACCUUACUUUCCCAUCACCCCCUGCCCGCAUAAACUAAAAGCUGGAAUUGCCUAUUGUUUAUACAAAAUAGAUUAUUAUCCAAGUGUUUUUCAGUUUUUGUAAAAAAUAAAUCAAAUUAUGUUACUAUGUGCUAUAAACGUUGAUAAUUUUAUGUGACAUUAAUUAAAAUGCUGUAUAUUUACAGUGAGGUUAGUCUUCUUCCUCUAUAUCUUCAUAUCCUUUGGAUGUGCGGAUAGUAUGGUAAGCACAAGCUGGCAAUGGUAUUCGCUUGUCUUUUAAACGGCCAUGAACAAGUCGUGUGAAUUAUCUGUAUGCCACCACACGAAGAAACCUAAAAACACAGAGCCACAGGAUUAUAUAUUUACUUUUUAUAGUACAAAGGUUGCAUAUAUAUAAUGUUUUAUAUUUUAAUAUAUAAGUGGAAACUAAUUAACCUAUCCUUUGAAUCAACUUGUCAAUAUUUCUGUCCAGUACGCAUUUUAAAAUUAUCCGAAGUGAGUUCCAGAGACCAUUUGUUGAGACAAAUUGCGUCGAAUCCAGGGUGAUUUGUGAUGCACAUUUGUUGGGUGUUCGUGGCGUCGUCAUCAGAAAACUCUGA